AAUAAGAAAUCAAAUUAUUUUCCCCGUUGUAUUGAGAUAGUAGAACAAGUAUAUACCUUCUUUGGUAUUCAGAACAAUUACAAACAUGGACCCACCCCCAUUUUUUAAUGUGAUUAUUUAAUUACUGAAUUUAUAUGAAUUAUUGUUAUUUCUUGCAGUUUGGUUCUUCAAAUGAGACCUCCUUUUGUUGGAUUCAUCAGAUUACUUGGCCUUCUUGUUUUUGUUUCAGCUUGCUGUUGCAGUUCUUCUCCCGAUGGAAGUACGAACAUAGAGAAAACAUUAGCGAUCAUAAAGCCGGAUGGAUUGCUUGGUAACUACACAGAUGAUAUCAAGAGAACAAUUUUAGAAUAUGGUUUCAGCAUUGUCAAGGAAAAGAUUGUUCAACUUGAUGAGACCACUGUGAAAAGAUUUUAUGCAGAGCACUCUUCAAAGAACUUCUUUUCCAGCCUUGUUAAAUACAUGACCAGUGGACCGGUGUUAACCAUGGUUUUGGAGAAGGACAAUGCUAUUGCUGAUUGGCGAGCUUUAAUGGGCCCGACGGAUGCAAGCAAGGCUAAGAUUACUCACCCUCACAGCAUCAGAGCAAAAUGUGGAUUAGAUACCCAAAAAAAUUGUGUUCAUGGUUCAGACUCUCCCAAAUCUGCACAAAGAGAGAUACCAUUUUUCUUCAAAGAGCUCUCUCCAGAUGUAAUUACACAACAUGAUGAAUUGUAGCUGGUGAAAGUUUGAAGCAGAAACACAGAAUUUGCUUUUUGUGAGGCUCACUACAUUAACAUAGUUCAAAUACAAGGCUUCUAUGUUUUUCGAGGCCAAUUUAUCGUACAAUUAAUCUUAUACUUUCUGUUGAGAAUGUGAUAAUGUGAUAUCAGUGGGAAUAAUGAAAGGUCGAGGAUAAGCUGUGAAGCAUGGAUACUUCUAGGAUUGGACAUGUGUAGGUUUCCGACACUCAUGGCACUCGAGCGACAUAUGUCGGACAACUCGGACAAGUGUUUCAAAUAAUUUUUUUUUCUUUGAUUCGACACUCUUUGAAUUGGUGUCCGAAAGCCAUAUGACACUCCUACGACACGUGUCGGAAUCCCAAUAAAAUUUAUUGUCCUUAACCCGUCUUUGACAAUCUUUGCUUCAACACAUAUUUAACCCUUGUAGAUAUUAAAUGGAUAAAUGAAGGUCAAAUACUAUUAACUUUUUAUGAAAA